GAGAGAGAGAGAGAGAGAGGUCUGUGUAUUUCCAGCCACGCUGGCAGCUGUGCAGCUUCCCCACAUACAUUCAUGCUCAUAUCCGAGGAGAAACAGAGGAGAGAGGCCGACGUCUCCGGUGUUUUUGGCAUCUGUGCCUCUGCAGACGCGCGCGUGACCUAUCGGCUCCCGGAUUUCCCUUCAACUUUGUCACCAUUUUGUUUGUUAUUAUUUUCUUUUUGUGAAUACUCUUUCCGUUGUCACGCUCCUCAUCCCCCCCGCGCCUUUGGAAUGAACUCCUUUGCUGCCCGCGUCGUUUCCAUGUCAGCAUGGGAAGUGCCGUGUCCAAAAGGAAGAAUCUGAGAAACGAUGCGAUAUCUUCCGUGGCAGCAAAAGUUAGAGCAGCGCGAGCUUUUGGAGAGUACCUGUCCCACACACACCCUGAAAACCGAAACGGAUCAGCUCAUCUUCUCUGUGAGACCUCCGUGGGCCCCGACCCGGAAUCGCCGACCGACCCGGUCGGCCCGAGCGACAACAACAACCUCCGCCCCUGCAGCGACAGCAAGGGCCCUGAGGCCAAGCCGCAGCCCGGCUCGGUGAAACAGCCCCUGGGCGCGCUCCAGCCACGCCCCCCCCCCAUCCUCGCCGCCGCCGCCGCCAAGCCAGCGCGGCUGUCCCUCGAGCGCAGCUUCUCGGUGGAGGAGGACCGGCAGAAGUGUGUUGAGUGCACGCUGCAGCCCGCCCGCGUGUACACCAUCACCUCCCAGCACGGCAUGCUGAUGAGCAGCGGCCGGGGCAGCAAGGAGAGCCUGGAGCUGGACGUCCUGAAGGAGAAGUCGGGGAGCGGCGGGCCGGGAUCCAGAGGUGGGCUGGUCCAACCCUCCACCUCCCCCUCCUCCGCCACCUCGUCCCCCACCCAGCACCACCCCCCCAGCAUCGCGGGGCGCCCCAGCUCUUGCUCCACCACCAGCACAACCACCACCCCCCACCACCCACCACCACCCUUCUCCUCCGCCUCCCCCCUCAGCCGCCCUCCUGUAAGUGUCGCUGGCUCCCAGCCCCAUCAUGUUCCAGCCCACUCCCACCACCACCAUCACCCGUCUCAACCUCCGCUGCAGAGCUCCGUCAGCGCUCACAACAUCCGCAGCUGGGGCGAGGGGGGGAGGGGCGAGUCCGAGUGCGGCGGGCUGGCGUGCGACCCGUGCAGCGGCGGCGGCGGCGCCCCCUCGCGGAGCCAGGGCUCCCUGGACCUGGAGAGCACGUCCCGAGAGGCAGGCAAGCAGCACCGGCGGCUAGAGAGGAUGUGGAGUGUGGACCGGGUGACUGGGCUGGAGAGAGAGGACACUAACUGGUUCCCCAAGGAAAACAUGUUCAGCUUCCAAACGGCCACGACGACCAUGCAGGCGAACUUCCGCAAGCAUCUUCGCAUGGUGGGCAGCAGAAGGAUUAAAGCGCAGACUUUCGCUGAGCGUAGAUCGAAGAGUUUCAGCCGUUCCUGGAGUGACCCUACCCCUGUCAAGACUGACUCUCCCCAUGAACCCAGAGACAGUGGAGACCUGCAGGCGUCGUGCGGUACCCUGGACGAAGGCGGCGUGGAUGACAACAUAGGCUGGGAGGAGGAGCGGGAGAUGGAGAGGCUGGCCUGUGAGGGAGAUGACUUCAUACCCCCCAAAAUCAUGCUGAUCUCCUCCAAAGUCCCCAAAGCAGAAUAUGUCCCCAAUAUCAUCCGCAGGGACGACCCCUCCAUCAUUCCAAUUCUCUAUGACCAUGAACACGCCACAUUCGAUGAUAUUUUGGAGGAAAUCGAGAAGAAGCUCACAGCCUACAGGAGAGGAUGCAAGUUUUGGAGGAUGCUCAUCUUUUGUCAGGGAGGUCCUGGUCAUCUGUAUUUACUGAAGAAUAAAGUGGCAACAUUUGCUAAAGUGGAAAAGGAGGAGGACAUGAGCCAGUUCUGGAGGAGGCUCAGUCGCUUCAUGAGCAAAGUCAACCCAGAACCCAACAUCAUCCACAUAAUGGGAUGCUAUGUCCUGGGCAACCCCAAUGGAGAGAAGCUGUUCCAGAAACUGAAGAAUCUAAUGAGGCCUUAUUCCGUGGAGUUCGAGUCACCGCUGGAACUGUCGGCGCAGGGCAAAGAGAUGAUUGAAAUGUAUUUCGACUUCCGCCUCUACCGACUGUGGAAGACGCGGCAGCACUCCAAACUCUUGGACUACGAGGACCUUUUGUGACAAAGAGGGACAGCGGACGCAGCGGAGCCCAUCAGUGCCACGACAGCCCUGUUAAAAAUAGCCCAGUGACUAGUAGACGACCCAUCAGAUCAAUAUGAGGCGAGCGUUGGUUGUGGAGAGGGCUGCGUAAAGAGGGGGUCCACGACGGGGGGUCCGAGACUCGCAAAAAGCCCAGAAAACAAAGGCGGCAGCUGGAGCGAGCGCAUCCCAGGCGCCAACGUUCUCCGCCUCAAGUCUGAAAGCAACAGUGGAAUUCAGAAUUCCAACGUGUUCAGCAUUUGAGGCGGCGGAGCCUCAGAGUAGUCACCGUCAUCCUGCCAUAAUGUGGUUCUGUGUUUGACCCGGACCUCUCAGAUAACCUCCGAUCCCAGACGCGUACAUAAAUAAUCCAUGUCAAUGUGUGUAUAUAUGAUAUGAAUAUAUUAGCAUAGCUUUAGUCAUGCAAAUAAUACUCUGAGAAUAAUGAUGCAGCAUUUAUUUUUGAUGUGCAUUGUUGUGCAGUUUCAUAUGGAAAUCCCUUGGAAUAACUCAGGUUUUAGCCAUAAAGUAAUUAAUACAGUACAUUUGUCUAUCAGAAUAUUGUAAUCUUCAUCACCAUGGCUUGGAAUGAAUGUAUUCUCUCUCUAGAAGUGUUUCUUUGGUCUGAGGCGUUGAGCUUCAUGUUUUAAUUUGGAAAAAAAAAAUUACAAUGAGCUAAUUUUGUAUUUGUGUGUGUGAGUGUGUGUGUGUUUGUAUUUCUCAUGUAAAAUGAAGAUAACAUAUCGAUGUAUUGUGUGUAUUUUUCGCUAUCUGCUCCUCCAAUUGAAGCAAAGACAAUUAUCGCCUUCAUCUUCAGGCAAUUACGUUCCUUUCACACACGCGUAGUUCAGUAUGAUUCAUGAUGUCAAGAGGGAUGUAACAGCCAUCCAAGUGCUCCUACCCUGUAGUGUGGGAGUCGCCCUAUUGAUCCCCUCUGCUCCUUUGCAGAAGGUUCAAGCCACUGACUUGGCCCAUGUCAACGGUGCCGGGUGCGUUCACUACUGUAUCUGCCAAACACUCCUGGCCGCUGUUAACGGCGGCCAAACCAGCUUCCUCCACCUCUCCCGUCGCCGGGCGCUGAUCCAGUCUGAGGGCCGGAGCUCCCUGAGUCAAACCGAUCUGCCAGGAGUGUAAGCUGUUAACAGCCAUCUGCUGCCUUUGCCAGGUGUCAGCUAGUUAAACGUCUAGAAAUAUGCACUGUGUGUGUGUUUGUGUGUGCGUGUGUCUGAUCCUGACGGGUCAAAGUGGAGGCUGCUGCACAUCGCAGCGCGCACACACACACAUACACACACAUUAACAUUAGGGCUGGGACAACAAGGCUUGUAGAAAAAGUACAAUUAUGGCAAGGAGCAGUUUAUGUAUGUGAAUGUUUUCUCUGUCUUUUAAAGCCGGUUUGUCAACUUGGAGUGGAGAUUUCAUAUAACUGAAGCAGAUGGACCUCUCUUAAUGCUCCGUUCAUGUGCUUGUCAAGGUAAAACCUUUCAGUCGUCCUUUUUAACACAACGUGUCACGGAAGGCCCGUGUUCCAGACUCAUUACGGCCCGACAGAUCCACUUCCCAGAGGUCUUUUAAGCGCCGGGCCAAUUAUUUCUGUUUGAGUUGUGAGGGUUGAAACGAAGGCUAAAACCAAAGGGCUGUGCACAGUGUGGCAGGUGGUGGUACCAGGUAGAGGAUGAUGGGCCGGAGUGGCUCGUUUCAGCUCCGAUCAGCCCAGUAGUUGUGUUCCUGAUGUCAGAGGUCCCGGCCCUAAGGUGGACAAACGCACAGAUACCAAUGUUCGCUAAACUCUUUGCUCAUCUGUCAUCAUCAGUGUGUUGAUAUUUGGAGCAUUUUGUGCAGAUGUUCUUUCCGUGUGUUGUCGUCAGCCGACCCGACUGGACUGCAUCUUUCCGCUGGCAGGACCCUGGUUUCUACUUGCUUUCGCCCUCCCACUGACAUUGCAGUGCUGGCCCACACUUUGUCUGGCACAGACAAGUGCUCUCUCAGCCCGAGUCACGCAGUACAUGUUUUCAGUACAAAUUGGAGAUUUAGCCGUAACACAACCUGCCACAUCGCUGGGUUACUUUAAGUGCAGACGAAGCAUCAAGCUGCCAACCUCUCAAAGACGCCGCCCUGAACAGCUGCUGGGUUUUACACAGUACUUUACUGUGGCGUCACUGCAGAUCAGAGGAACAGACACAGGUUCAUUUAAGGUCAAUUCAGGAAGUGGCAUCAUCACAGAAAUGCUGUGCAGCAUCUAAAGAAACCACUGAUGUGAUGAUUUGUUUGAUUUUACUGGGCAGGAGUGACCAUGAUGUGAAGAGCACUCUGACUCAGGAGUUUGAGAGAGCUUUCUUGUUUUCCUCUUCACUGGAAAUCUAAUUAAAAGAUGCAAACUACC